GGGAAUGAGGGGAGAGGCUGUCAGUUCCGCGUAAGAACGUCACAUCUCGACGUCUCUUUUGGAAAAGGAGUGACAGAGGAGAGCCAGACAAGUGCGAUUAUCUGGCGCAUAAAGAGACCAAACAGCCUCCAGCUGGACACCAAGAACAGAGAAGCAGUCUGCACCCUGAGCAGGAUUAUAGGCGCACUUUGUCGUCCUAUUUUAACAACAUUUAGCCUUUAAAAAGUGUUUUUUAAUGCGCCCUUAAAAUUGGUCCCUGAGAUGUUUUUUUCACAAUGGAUCUAAUGAUGGAUGAACUUCAGGACUUGUUUAUCUCAACUUUUUAUUAGACCAAGUAUGGAAUUAUAAAAGCAUUAUCUUUCAGUUUUUUUCGGAGUACCAUUGCUCUCCUUUGGGGUAUUUUUACGCACAGCCCUCUUGUGUUUGGGUGAAACUUUCUUAAGUGCGUUGGAACUUUUUGUGCGCUUUCAAUUAUUAUCCAGCUCGCCUGAUUCCUCAACUCAACCAUCAGUAUCACAUCUCGCUCCUGGCUGUACUUGUGAUAGCAACACAGAUUGCUUUAUACUUUUCGCAGACCGGCUGCGGUGCCUCCUAAACGGGGGUUGGGCACCUUGUGUUUUCUUUCUCCAUAUAUUUUGAAGUGUUUCUCAACUGUGGACGGCAAUAUAAUCUACCAUUUGAAAUGCUGCCUCUGGCCCCUCUGUUUCUCCUCGUUUUCCCCGCUGCGCUCUUUGUGGCCGCGCAAGGCGCCGGAGACCUCCACGGUUUCACGUUCCACGCUGGGAGCGCAGGUUUCGACCCCGCAGACCUCUGCAUGGUGGUGUAUCCACCAUGUAUUAGCGAGGCGGAUCGCUACAGCCUGGAGGCCCUGCGGAGCAUCCAUCAGAUGAUGGACGAUGACCAAGAUGGAGGGAUUGAGGUGGAGGAGAGUGUGGAGUUCAUCAUUGAGGACAUGAAGCAGCAGCAGACCAACAAACACAGCCACCUGCACAGAGAAGACCAACACAUCACAGUUGAGGAGCUCUGGAAGGGCUGGAAAUCGUCUGAAGUGCAUAAUUGGACUCAGGAUGACGUGCUUCGCUGGCUGAAGGAUUUUGUUGAGUUGCCCCAGUAUGAAAGGAACUUUAAGGACUUUAAAGUCAAUGGAAACACACUCCCUCGGAUUGCAGCCAAUGAGCCUUCAUUCCUGAGUGGCUAUCUGAGGGUACAGGACCAGAGAGACAAACAGAAGCUCAAUAUCAAAGCUCUGGAUGUCGUUCUGUUUGGACCGCCUACACGUCCCCCUCAUAACUACAUGAAGGAUCUGCUGCUCAUUGUAUCUGUGGUGAUGGGAGUUGGAGGCUGCUGGUUUGCUCAGGCCCAAAACAAAGUCAGUAAAAUCCACAUAGCCAGGAUGAUGAAAGAUUUGGAAAGUCUGCAGAGGGCUGAACAGAGCCUCAUAGAUCUGCAGGAACAACUGGAGCGAGCACAGGAAGAAAAACGUAAUGUCGCUGAGGAGAAACAGAGCCUGGAGGAGAAGAUGAGGGAUGAGAUCAUGGGGGCGCAGGAGGAGGCUUACCGACUGCAUGAGCUGAGGCAGGGAGCUGUCAGUGAGCUCAGCCGCCUCCGAUAUGCAGAGGAAGAGCUGGAGCAGGUGCGUGGAGCACUGAAGCAGGCAGAGAAGGACAUGCAGGCUAGCUGGACGGCCUCAGAGGCCCUCCAGCUAUGGUUGCAGCUGACACAUGAGGUGGAGGUCCAGUACUACAAUGUCAAGAAGCAUAGCGCAGAACUACAGCUUGCCACUGCCAAGGAAGAGGCAGAGAGGAUUAAGAAGAAAAGGAGUUCUGUGUUUGGCACGCUCCAUGUCGCCCACAGCUCCUCUCUCGACCAAGUUGACCACAAGAUCCUGGAGGCAAAGAAUGCCUUGUCUGAAGUGACAGCCUGCCUGCGGGAGCGCCUUCAUCGCUGGCAGCAGAUCGAGCGCAUCUGUGGCUUCCCCAUUAUUAGGAAUCCUGGCCUAUCAAACCUCACUGCUCAGCUCUACUCGGACUCAAUUCCCCUUGGAGUUCCCAGAGUGCCUCAGCCAUCUUGCUCAUGCCAUAGCUCCAUCCAUGGAUCUAUAGAGGAUCUGUUAGAAGAGUCUCCAAUCUUACCACAGAUGCCAGUUCCAGUUCCACCACUGAAGCGCUCUCCUCGAACCCGAGGAUCCACCAUAUGUCGAUCACGUCGUCCCGGUGUGAUAACUCAACCACCAACCACUAUGAUCUCCCCAGACCCUGACCUUCUUAUCCCCAUCCGAGCCCCAUACCCUCAUGAGGAAGAGGGACUCCUUAUGAAAACUCUAAAGAAACAAGACUCCCAAGAGAGGUUCACAGACACAGAAUAUAUGGCCUCACCUCCUCUAAGCAAGAUGUUCCCUAGUCCCAGUGUUGACACUCCCUCUCAAAAGCUCUAUCAUGAUGAAACUGAACUACUUUCAGACAGCUCCAUCACAAAUCCUUUUAGUACAGAAGUAGAAGCUGUUGUUGAAUCUCCAGUUCGCAAAGUUUCUGUAGAAGAGCUUGAAGCUUCUGCAGAUGUUUCAUGCAGAAAGGUGCCAAAAGACACAGUGUUGGAUACUUCUUUGGAAGUCCCCUCUUUGAGGACAUCCAAAAAUGAGUCUUUGAUUGAAGCUACAUCAAGGAAGAUAUCCAGAGACAGGAGUGAAGUUCCCAUGGAUGUUGCAGUUAGAAAGGAGCUAUCCAGUGAGCUGGAUGUAGAAUUCCUCAGCCGGAAAGUAGAGAGAGAUACAAAGGGGGAUUUGAUGGACACUACUUCAAAGAAUGUAUACCGAGAAAGAGGUGAUUUACCUCUGGAUGUGAGAAAGCUGAUUUGGAAUGAUUUAGAUGCAACAACAGAUGUGACAUAUAGGAAGAUGCCAAGAGAUAUGAUGGGGGCUUCAAUUGACAGUGCUUCAAGAAGGAUAACACGAGAUGAUGUUGAGCGUCAGUAUGACUCAGUAUCCAGAAGGAUUACAAAAGAUUCAGUGGGAACGUCCUUAGACACAGCGUCUAGAAUGCUUCCACGGAACAAAGGAGAAUGCCAGCUUGAUUCUUCUGUGAGGGUGUUAGCAAAGGACAAAAUGGUUGAAGCAGCUAGAACACCACCAAGAAAGAUAUCCAGAGAUGAACUAGAGUAUUGUGCAGAUACUGCUUCCAUAAAGAUGCUACCCAGAGAGAGAUUUGAAGGACUAAUGGAUAGCUCGUCCUCUGCAGAGAAGAAAGAGUUUGGUUUGGAACCAUCAAGUAGGAGCAUACUGAGAGAAGAACUCGAGAUGUCCGCUGGUUCUCUCAGAAGGAGAAUACUAAGAAUGCCAAGAGAUGACCUAGACACUUCCAUAGACACUCCCACAGGUAAAAUCUCCUGGGAUAGAGUUGAUGUUCCAAUGGAAAUUCCUGAACAAUCAGUACUGAGGGAAGAGAUGGGAGUAUCUGAAUCAAGUCAAUCUCUAGGUCGAAUUGGACAGCCAGACCUUAUGGUAACGUCCCAGGUACCAUGGAAGUCCUCGUCAGACCUUUACACUGGCCCAUUGAGCCAGCUUGUGUAUGAUGGAAUCCUUGAGAAGUCCUGUAACUCCAUGGCCAUUACCCCAACCAGUCUCUCUUCCUCAACACCCAGCUUACCCCAGGGCAGGCUGCCAGCAGAGACAGAGCCACCAGUGCCACCACCAAGGGCUGCCAUCUCAUCUCCAGCAUCAUCCUCUGAGAAUGGAGAUGAGAAGAACAAGCACAAGGAAAAGAACAAGAAAUCCUUAAGGCUGAAAAAUCUUUUUAAAAAGAAAAAUGAGUCAACUCCAGAGAAGAUUCAAAGUGGUCUUCAGAAACUCUGACGAUCAGCUUAGAAUGGUUUCUUUAAGUCUUUCUUUAUUAUUAUUAUUUUUUUUAUUGAAUCAGAAAGUAGAGUUUCAGAACCUCACUGAAGAUAUCUCAUCUGUUUUCUUUUCUGUUUUAAGUCUUAUGUAGACAUAUGGUUGAUGCCAUAUAUUAUUUUAGAUGCAUAUUUUUUGAGGGUUUGCCUAUGGUUGAAGGAUUGAAUGAUGUUUAAACUGACGCUGCUCUUCUGUGUAACAGAGGCAAUGCUUGAAUUCACGUUAAACCUCGAUUGAAGACAUUUUAUGCUGAAGAAAAUCAAUGCAUUUUAGUUCUAUGCAAAAAUGUAGUUUAAUUAAAUAAUGUCCCGAUCAAAGCUGAUUUCUAUAUGUGUUUUUGUCUUCAUGUUCUUCUCACAUGUUUGAAGUGGGAGAGUCUAAGUUGGAAUAAUGUGAUGUAACAUAUUUCCAUGCACUAAUCAGGACAUAAUCAUGUUUAAAUCAGAAUCUGGUCAUACCUGGGGGAUGAUUCGAUUUUCAGAUUAUUAAACCCCACCGAUACUGUUCUAAUGAAGCAGAUUAGGUGAGUUUUUUAGGUUUGGACUCUGAAUAAAUAAUAUCUAAGGAUGGUCAUCUCUUAACUUUACAUUUGAAUUUUGCUUAUUUAUUGUUGACUAUUUAUUGUUACUCAGGAUUUACAUAAGAUUUGAAACAAGUUAUCAGGGGUCUUAAAUAUGUUUGACAGCUGAAUAGGUCUGGGCUGGGGAAAUGUAGCCCAAUGCGAAGAAUAACUUGAUAUUAUAACAAGAAAGAGAAAUCCCUUUAUUGCUUUCAUAUCAGAUUUUGUAUAGAUUGUCCAAUAAUAUUUUGUGUAUUUAUGGAAAGAGGUGUGUCAGUGUUGAUCUGUUGUUUCAGGUUUAGACAGCCUCUUUUCUUUCUUUAAACCUCCAGUUAAGUUCAAAUGCCAUUUUCAGUCAACAUCAGCACUUUUAAGGUGUGGUACCCCUGCAAAAUGUUGCUGACACAAAGUAACUUUUUUUUUAAUGACACUGUCCUCUGAUGCACAAGUCAUAACUGAAAUUGCUGACUACUUUUCUGCUCUUGAAAAUGGGUCACCCUUAACAUAGCCAAUACUGACCCAUUUCAGAAAGCACCUGUCCUGAUCCUGAUCCUGUGGAUUGGCCUGGGACAACCCACGUGUAAUUGAAAAUGUUCUGCUUUGUUUUGCCAAAUGCUCACGAACAGUUUGCUUUCUAGCUGUUUUUUUUUUAUGAGCACAUUUAAAUGCAUAUUUUUGAAUGCUUGUGUUACUGAUUUUAUGUUUAUUUUCUUGUUUACAUGCAAAUCAGGAUCUUGAGUUUAUUAAAAAUGAAUUGGAAAAAUAAGAAAUUUCUUUUAAUUGAUCUGAAAAUUGCUCAUUGAAUAAGUUUUUUUAUUUUUUUGUUUGUUUGCUUCGUUGCUUGUUUGUUUGCUUGUUUUUCCUUGUCUUAGACAAGAACAAGACUUAAUUGUAAUAUGAAUGUAAGAUGUCAGACUGUUGUUAUCUGGUGAUUUAUUAACAAGUGAUGAUAGAGGAAAUAAACAAGGAGAUUUAAUUAGGAAAUGCUGUGCAAUGUUCUGCAAUAAAGAGCCUAAACAUUGCCAGCAUGGAUGUAUUGUUAUUGUUGGCGUAAUACAAUACAUUAAAAUCACCAUAAAACAUUUAACACAGUUAGCCAAAUGAAGGACAGAAAAUCUGAAUAUACAAGCAGCCAGAGUGAAUUUAGAAAUAAACACAGUAGUUUGAACUGCUCAGGGCCAA